AUGAGGUCAACCAGUAUCAAGUCUUUGGCAGCUUGCCUCACCCUACCCUUCCCCUCCCACGGCUUCACUGUCAUAGUAGAUAAUGAAUCUUCCGUCGAAAACCUAGUCAAUGCCAUUUUCAGUGAUCCAGGUUUAACUGUCACAGAAUGGGAUAAGCUUACCGCAGCGGGAAGCUCAGGAUCCUUUACUGAUGGUCCUUUCGGUAUCGGAGCUGGUGGUAUCUUGACCACUGGAGGAAACGGUAAUAUCGAUAACGGAUUUCGGAACCAAGGACAGUUGGAUUAUAUCUGCGACGCCACAGAUACUCAGAAUGCCGCUGUCGUCUAUGGACGUGUCAAGGUUAACCCUGGGUACAAUGGAGUUCGACUUGAGUUCAUCUUUACUACCAAUGAACCCUUUAGGCAUUCGUCAAUUCCUGAUGAUGAGAAGGAGAAACUAACACAUGAAUCUACUGGCGGCCAUUCUGACACUGUUAGCAUCGUGAAUUCUUACAAAGGCAUGAACCAGCUUGCUGUAUUCGACGGACAGAGAAUAACCCACAAGCAUCCAUCACAGUCACUCUAA